UGAUGCACACAGACAAGGUAAAGACCCCAUGGGUCGUGCAGGGAAGAACCAUUGUGAAUAUAGUGAAUGCAGGACUGUCAGGAACCAGGAUCUUGCACAACAUGACUGUAUUUGUGCUGAAGUAAAGCCCUAUGAGUGUGUACAGUGUAGAAAGGCCUUCAGCUCUACGUCAGACCUCAUGCAGCACCAACAGAUUCACACUGGAGAAAAACUUUUUGAGUGCAAAGAAUGUGGAAAAGCCUUCAAACAUAAGUUCCACCUCACAUACCACCAGCAGAUUCACACUGGAGAGAAGCCCUAUGAGUGCCAUGACUGUGGAAAGACCUUCACCUUCAAAUCUAUAUUUGUCCGCCAUAGUAAGAUCCACACUCAAGAGAAAGCCUUAGAGUGCAAAGAAUGUGGAAAUGCCUUUAAGCAGAGGUCCCACCUCAUGUAUCACCAGCGUAUUCACACUGGAGAGCAGCCCUUUGAGUGCAAUGAAUGUGGAAAGACCUUCACCCAAAUCUCAUCUUUUUUCCAGCACAAUAGUAGCCACACUGGAGAAAAAUCCUUUGUAUGCAAAGACUGUGGGAACUCCUUUUCAAACAGGUUUAAUUUGAGUCAGCACAUGAAGAUUCACACUGGCGAGAAACCCUAUGAGUGCCGUGAGUGUGGAAAAGCUUUUUACCGCAAGUCACACCUCACAGAGCACCGACGGAUUCACACUGGAGAAAAGCCCUAUGAAUGCAGCAAAUGCGGAAAGUCUUUUGCCUACUACUCUGGUUUUGUCCAACAUACUUGGAUCCACACUGGCGAGAAACCCUUUAAGUGCAAAGAAUGUGGGAAAAGCUUUUGCUCCAAGUUUAACUUGAGUCAACACGUGAUGAUGCACGUUGGAAGGAAGCCCCACGAAUGCAAUAAAUGUGGAAAGGCCAUCGACCAACACUCGUCUUGUGUUCAUCACAGGACCCACACUGGAGAAAAACCAUUUAAAUGCAAAGUCUGUGGGAAGGCCUUUUGCUACAUCUCUAGUUUAAAACGACACAUGAAGAAGCACACUGGAGAGAAGCUCUGUGAGUGCAUCAAGUGUGGGAAAGCUUUCAUUCUCAAGUCACACCUCAUAAAACACCAGCAGAUCAGCCAGUAAAUGUGGAAUGGCCUUCACUGAACACUCAUCAUUUAUCCAGUGUAAUAGGAUCCUCACUGUAGGAAACAAUAUUUUUUACUCCUUUAUGAAAUACCAAAAUGCCCCUCCUUUGCUCUCCUGUUCCCUAUGGUUAAGUCCUCUCACUCACCUCUCCCUCACACCUCUACAGCCUAUUUUCUCCAAGGCUGCUGGCUCCUGAGAGGGCUUGAGGUGUUUCCUGCUUAGUGUAGUUCUCUGAAGCCAUAACACCUGGUGUCAAAUCCUAACUCUGCUGACUAGGAGCUGUAUUGCCCUGUGCAGGUUAAUAAUCUCUCUCUGCCUUGGUUUCUCAUUGGUAAAAUGGGUAAUUUAGUAACGUAGUAUUUACUUCACAGGGCUGUUGUGAGAGUAAAUGGUUUACUGUAUGACAAAACUGAGAACAGAAUCCAUUUCUCCAAGUGUAUGUGGGUUGACAGUUAUGAUCCCCGCUGAUGUUGUUACUUAUUAUUGAUAGCGCCAUUGUUAUUGUCAUCGUCUUUGUCAUGUCUGGAUUCAAGACCUUUGGAGCAAUUUUGUGAAGCUUUAUGAUUAAACAUCAUAGAUACCAGAGACAGCCAGACCUGGAUUCCCAACUUGGAUCAGCUGCUUACCAUUUCCAUCUAUUUCAGCAAAUCAGAUUAUUUCCUUGACCUUCUUCAUCUUCACCAACAAAGUGUGCUUUUCAAGGAAGCAGCAUCAUUGGGAUGCCAUUAGGAACACCUAGAAUGAAUCAUUUUGUGCCAUUUUACUUAGGAUGUAAAAAGACUUCGCUUGAUUUGACAAAGUGCAUUGGCAAGAUAGUGGAAUAGGAAGUUCCAGCCUUCAUUCUCUCAGAGAAACUCCACUUUGACAACGAUCUGUGCACAAAAAUACCUUCUUGAAAGCUCUGGUUUCCAGGUGAGAGAUUACAGCAGUCAGGUGGAACAUAGAAAGGAGAAACGAUGCAUUGAAGAGGGUAGGAUCAGCAGUUUCAGUUUUGCUCAAACCUGUUUAGAUGAAUGCUGAGAUUGAUUUUAAGUCAAAAACUAUCACAAGAGACAAUAUCAUUUUAUAAUAAGAGUCAGUUCAUCAAGAGAAUAUAACAAUUAUAAAUAUAUGUGCACUCAACAUUAGUGCACCUAAACAUUAAGCAAACUUUGACACAUCUGAAGGGAGAAAUAGAUAGCAAUAUAAUAAUAGUAGACUUUAAUACCCCACUUACGGUAAUGUACAGGUUUUUCAGACAGAAAAUCAAUAGGGAAAGAGUGGACCUGAACUACUCUAUUAGACCAAAUGGACCUAACAGAUGUAUACAGAGCAUUCCAUCCACCAGCAGCACAAUACACAUUCUUCUCAAGCUACAUGGGACGUUCUCCAGGAUAGAUCAAAUGCUAGAUCACAAAACAAGACUUAACAAAUUUAAGAAGAGUGAAAUGAUUCCAAGUAUCUUUUCCAACCAAAAUGGAAUGAAACUAGAAAUCAAUAACAAAAAGAAAAUGGAAAAAUUUGCAAAUACAUGUAAAUUCAACAACAUUCUUGAACAACCAUUGGGUCAAAGAAGAAAGCAAAAGGGAAAUUAGAAACUUGCUUCAGACAAUUGAAAACGAAAACACGAUAUACCAAAACUAAUGGGAUGCAGUAAAAUGGGAUGUACUAAGAGGGAAGUUUAUAGUGAUAACUUCUUGCAUUAAAAAAGAUCUCAAACAAACUGCCUAAUAUACCUCAAAGAACUAGAAAAAACAAACUAAGUCCAAAGUUAGCUGAAGAUAGGAAUAAUAAGAGUUGGUUCUUUCAAACGAAAGAAUAAACCUUUAGCUAGGCAAACUGAGAAGAAAAGCGAGAAGACUCAAAAUCAGAAAGGAAAAGGAGACAUUACAAGCAAUGCCACAGAAAUUUUUUAAAAAUCACAAGGGACUAUUAUGAGCAAUUAUAUGCCAAAAAAUUAGAUAAACUCCUAGAACUAUCAACCUACCAGGACUAAAUCAAGAAGAAACAAAACCUGGACAGAGAAGUAACAAAUAAUGAGAUUGAGUCAGAAAGGAAAAAACCUUCCAAGAAAGAGAAGCAUAGGACCAGAUGGUUUCACAGGUGAAUGCUAUCAAACAUGUAAAUAAGAAUUAAUACCAACCCUUUGUAAAGUCUUCCAAAACCUAAAAGCAUAGAGAACACUUCAAAACUAUUUUUAUGAGGCCAGCAUCACACUGAUAGCAAAGCCACACAAAGACACCAAAAGAAAAGAAAACUACAGGCCAAAAUCCUUGAUGAGCAUGGAUGAAAAGUACAAAUAUUUACAAACAAUUCAACGGCCCAUUAAAAGGAUCAUAACUAUGAUCAAGUAGGAUGUAUCUUUGGAAUGCAAGGAUGGUUCAACAUAUGCAAAACAGUGUGAUACACUACAUUAACUGAAGGAUAAAAACAUGGUCAUCUCAGUAGAUACAGAAAAAGCAUUUGGCAAAAUGCUCUUGGGAAAACAUCUUUUCAUGAUAAAAACUCUGAACAAGUUAGAUAUAGAAGGAACUUACCUCAAUAAAGAUCAUAUAUGACAAGCCCACAGCUAACAUCAUACUCUGGUGAAAAAUUGAAGUUUUCCUCUAAGAUCUGGAACGAGGCAAGAUGCCCACCUUUGUCACUUCUAUUCAAUGUAGUAAUGGAAGUCCUAGGCAGAGGAAUUAGCCAAUAAAAAAAUUUUUUAAAAGGUAUCCAAAUAGAAAAGGAAGAAGUAAGGUUACCUGUGUUUGCAGAUGACAUGAUCUUGUAUGUAGAAAACCCUGAAGGCUCCACCAAAAAAUUCUGAGAACUAAUAAAUUCAUUAAUGUUGCAGGAUAUAAGAUCAAAGUACAAAAGUCAGUUCCAUUUCUGAACACUAACAUAUCUGAAAAGGAAAUUAAGAAAAUGAUCCUAUUUGCAAUAGUAUCAAAAAUGAAUGAAAUACUCUAGGAAUAAACUUAACCAAAGAGGUGAAAGCCUUGUAAAGCGAAAUCUAAAAAACACUGAUGAAAGAAAUAAAAGCAGUCUAGGGGCCAGUCCAGUGGCAUAGUGGUUAAGUUUGCACACUACACUUUGGCAGCCUGGGUUCGCAGGUUCUGAUCCUGGGCAUGGACCUACACCACUCAUCAAGCCAUGUUGUGGUGGCAACCCACAUGCAAAAUGCAGGAAGAUUGGCACAGAUGUUAGCUCAAGGCUAAUCUUCCUCAAGCAAAAAAAGAGGAAGAUUGGCAACAGAUGUUAGCUCAGAGUGAAUCUUUCUCACCAAAAAAAAAAUGGGCAAAGGAACUGAGUAGACAUUUCUCCAAAGAAGAUGGCUCCAAAAAUGACUAACAUAUGAAAAGGUGCUCAGCAUCAGUAAUCCUCAGGGAAAUGUAAAUCAAAACCACAAUGAGAAAUUACCUCACACCUGUUGGGAUGACUUUUAAGAAAACAAAAGAACAAGUGCUGGCAAGGUUGUGGAGAAAAGAGAACCUUUGCACACUCUUGAUGAGAAUGUAAAUUGGUGUAGGUGCUGUGGAAAACAGUAUGGAGGUUCCUCAGAAGAACUAAAAAUAGAACUACCAUAUGAUCCAGCAAUUCCACUUCUGGAUACAUGUCCAGAAGAAUUGAAAGCAGAAUCUUGAGAUAUCUGAAAUCUCGUGUUCAUAGCAGCACUAUGCACAAUAGCCGAGACAUACAAGCAACCUAAAUGUCCAUCAGUGGAUGAAUGGAUAAAGAACAUUUGGCAUGUACUUACAGUGUUAUAUUAUUCCACCUUCAAAAAGGAAAUCCUGCCAUUUGCAAUAACAUGGAUGUACCUGAGGACCUUAUGCUUGGUGAAAUAAGCCAGUUACAGAAGAACAAAUACUAUAUGAUACCACUGAUGUGGUGAGACAUAGAAACAGAGUGGAGUGGUGCCCAGGGGCUUGGCAGAGGGGGAAAUGUGUGGGUAUUAGUCAAAGGGUACAAAGUUUUGGUUAUACAAGAUAAGUUCUAGAGAUAUGUACAGCAUAGGUAACAAUACUAUUGUAUACUUAGAGAUAUGCUAAAACAGCAUAUCUUUAUGUUAUGUUCUUAUCAUACACAAAAAAGGUAAUAAUAAGAGGGUAGGGGGAAACUUUUGGAGGUGAUAAGUUUAUGCCACAGAUUGUGGUAAUGGUAUAAUGGUUGUAUACUUAUUUUGAAUUCAUCACAUUGUAUACAUGAAUUAUAUACAGCUUUUUGUAUGUCCAAAGAUUGUCUUAAUAAAAUAAAGCCAUUCUAGUGGUUGUGGGGGAAAAAAAGGUGAAGAACACUCUAAGAUCAUACAGUUAGUGAAAGGAAGAUUUGAAUACUGGCUCUCUGAUACCAGAGCAAUUCAGUGCUGGUGGCAAAGAAUAUAAAAUACUUCCCAGAGAAGGUGUUGCUUUACCUGAGUCUUAAGAAUUAUCCAUACACACCAAGUUAUAUCUUGUCCCGUUAAUCACAGGAGGAAGGUGCCACAUGUGUCAGGAUAUUAAAGUGGAAAUAGUAACUGAGGCACCAAGAUUUUAUAGACAUCACAUACCAAAGUGAUUUGUAAGACACAAAAUGAAGAUAUUUAUUGGAAAUGCCCAAUAAUCAAUUUCACAACUCUUGAGCCUCUCAACUGAGAUGUCCAUCUAAAGAGUUAAGAGCUGGAGAUAAGUGAGUCUUGUAAAGCGAUUUCAUUUGGAGAAAGCAGGAUGGUGAGACCUUAGUUCUCUUUAAAGGAAGGAGGAUACUGUCCUUCAACAGAAUCAUUUUGAGAAUUUCAUAUAUAUCCCCUGCUUUUAUGAGAGCAAGAUCAAUAGCAA